CCCAGCAAGAGGCUCUUCCUCCCAGAGCGGAGCCCCCCCUCCCUCCCUCAGGGGGAAGCUCUUCUCCUCACACGCGGCCUCCCCUUCAAAUGCCAACCAGGGCAGGCCCUGCUGAGCUAGGGGGCCCAGCCACGCCGGCCGGCUCUCCUCUCCGGGGCCACGGACUGGCCAAACAGCCGCCCUGUGAGGGAGGCUCGGCUGAGGGAGAGAAGCGGCCGGGCCAGGAGCCACCUUGGGGAGGGGGCUUUUCCUCAGAGGGCUGAAGAAAGGGCGCCUCACAUGCUCCUCCGAUAGACGUAUGGUGGAUUAUUGUUAUUAUUACAUUGAUAUCCUGCUCUUCCUCCAAGGAGCCCAGAGCCGGGUACUACAGACUUAGGAUUCUCCUCACAACAACCCUGUGAGGGAGGCUCGGCUGAGGGAGAGAAGUGACUGGCCCAGAGUCAUUUUGGGAUGAGGCUUUUCCUCAGAGGACUGAAGAAAGUGUACCUCACAUGUUCCUCAGAUAGAUAUUAUGGAUUAUUAUUAUUUUUCCUUUUUAUAUCCCGCUCUUCCUCCAAGGAGCCCAGACUGGUGUACUACAGACUUAGGAUUCUCCUCACAACAACCCUGUGAAGUAGGCUAGGCUGAGGGAGAGAAGCGACUGGCCCAGAGUCAUUUUGGGAGGAGGCUUUUCCUCAGAGGACUGAAGAAAGUGUACCUCACAUGUUCCUCAGAUAGAUAUUAUGGAUUAUUAUUAUUUUUCCUUUUUAUAUCCCGCUCUUCCUCCAAGGAGCCCAGACUGGUGUACUACAGACUUAGGUUUCUCCUCACAACAACCCUGUGAAGUAGGCUAGGCUGAGGGAGAGAAGCGACUGGCCCAGAGUCAUUUUGGGAUGAGGCUUUUCCUCAGAGGACUGAAGAAAGUGUACCUCACAUGUUCCUCAGAUAGAUAUUAUGGAUUAUUAUUAUUUUUCCUUUUUAUAUCCCGCUCUUCCUCCAAGGAGCCCAGACUGGUGUACUACAGACUUAGGAUUCUCCUCACAACAACCCUGUGAAGUAGGCUAGGCUGAGGGAGAGAAGCGACUGGCCCAGAGUCAUUUUGGGAUGAGGCUUUUCCUCAGAGGACUGAAGAAAGUGUACCUCAAAUGUUCCUCAGAUAGAUAUAUGGUGGAUUAUUAUGGAUUAUUUUUUUUCCCCAUUUUAUAGCCCGCUCUUCCUCCAAGGAGCCCAGACUUAGGUUCCAGACUUAGGAGCCCAGACCUACUACAGACUUAGGUUUCUUUCUCUCACAACAACCCUGUGAAGUAGGUUAGGCUGAGGGAGAGAAGCGACUGGCUCGGAGUCAUUUUGGGAGGAGACUUUUCCUCAGAGGACUGAAGAAAGUGUACCUCACAUGUUCCUCCGAUAUAUAUUAUGGAUUAUGGAUUAUUAUUUUUUCCCCAAUUUAUAGCCCGCUCUUCUUUCAAGGAGCCCAGAGCAGUGUACUACAGACUUAGGUUUCUUUCUCACAACAACCUUGUGAAGUAGGCUAGGCCGAGAGAGAAGUGACUGGCUCAGAGUCACCCAGCUGGUUUCAUGGCUGAAGGGGGAUUUGAACUCGGGUCUCCCUGGUCCUCGUCCAGCACUCUAACCACUACACCACGCUGGCUGAGACCAUGAAGGAGCCCCGGCAUCGAAAGGACAACAGGCGCCCAGACCUGGAAAUCUACAAGCCUGGCCUCUCCCGGCUGCGGAACAAGCAGGCGUUGGCCAAGCAGGAACCCUCUGGGCAGCCUGACGAGGCCAGGGGCAAGCUGGCUGAGGACAGGGCCCUCUCUGAGGCCGGCAGCAGCCGGGCAGAUCCCCAGGCCUCUCCAGACCUGCCUGGCGGAAGCAGCCAGCAGCCCAACGGCCUCGUGGAAGGGAGGGCCGAGCCGGGCAGCCCCCAAGGCCCGGCGAGCGUCCUCGGCGACUGGGGUCCUCGAGUCGCCAGGCGAGCCAAGAAACCUGACCAGCAGAUCUAUCAGCCUGGGAAGCGCUUGCAGAGUUCCUCCAAGGAGCCCGCGGUGGAGGAGGAGCCUUCCGCGAAGGGGGAGGCUGGGAAGGGGAAUGCCGGCAUCAUCAGGCCACCGCCGGCCCAGGACGGGGGGCGAGAAGGGAGCCUCGGCACAGAGGGGGCUCCUCCCGGCCGGGGGGAGAAGGGCCGGCGGGUCGAGAGAGCGGACAGGGCCCGGAAGGCCGGCGAGGAGGCCGCCCACGGCAAGCUCAGCACGCCCAAGCGCUACUCCCGCUCGGACAAGCGCCGGAACCGCUACCGCACCUGUAGCACCAGCUCGGCGGGCAGCAACAACAGCACGGAGGGCGCCCGCGGAGAGGCCGAGGCGGGGAAGAAGCGCCAGGAGCCGGGCCAGGAGAGGCCGCGUCCGCGGAAGCAGCUCUCCGCCUCCUCCACCGACUCCCUGGAGGACGACAGGGCCGAGGAGGCCCCGGCACACGGCCCCGGCAGGGACGCGGAGGCGAGGCGGUCCCUGGAGCCCGGCUGGGCCUCCCGGGGCGCGGAGGGGAAGGACGCCCGAGGGGCCCAGCCCGACCGGCGGGCUGCCCACAGGGACCCCCAGGCAGACUGGCGGAAGCGCAAGCCCUCCGGGGCCAGCUUGAGCGACUCCGCCGAGGCCGGGGAGGCCAGGGGGUCCAGCCGGGAGCCCCAGGGGCGCGGCCGGGGCAUCCUGGUCCUGCCCGCCAACACGGACCUCACGGCCAGCAGCACCGGCUCCCCGGAAGCUGCGCCCCACGUGGGCCCCCGGCUCCUCUUUGGGGGCGGCGGCGGCGGCAGCAAAGGGGGCCGGGCGAGGGGCCGUGGGGGCACUGCCCGCCGGCUCUGGGACCCCAACAACCCCGAGCAGAAGCCGGCGCUGAAGAGCCAGCCUCCGCCGCUGCACUUCCUGGACACCGACGACGAAGUGAGCCCCGCGCCUCGCAGAGGGGAAGACCCCCGGCAGGCCCAGGCUGCCUACUAUCGCUUCCAGAACUCGGACAACCCCUACUACUACGGCGGGAAGGCUGCGGCGGCGGUGGGCCCGGGCUCCCCCUACCCCUACGGCGGCUACGCGCUGCAGUACCCGCUGGGCCCCAGCAACGGGGUCUACCCCGGGGGCUAUUUCCCCGGGGGCUACCCCAACCAGGCCGAGCCCUACCUCUGCAGCCCGCUCCUGGCCGGGCCCCUCAGCCCCGAGGUGGAGCCGCAGGGCCGCAGCCUGCCGCAGCCGGAGCUGGGCAAGGUCCUCCGCGAAGCGGGCAACCUGGAGCAGCAGCUGAGCAACCUCCUCUCGCGGGACCGGCUCAGCCCCGAGGGCCUGGAGAAGAUGGGGCAGCUCAGGGCGGAGAUGCUGCAGCUUUACGAGCGCUGCCUCCUGGCCGACAUCGAGUUUGCCGACACCCAGAACGUGGACCAGCUGCUGUGGAAGAACGCCUUCUACCAAGUGAUCGAGAAGUUCCGGCAGCUGCUCAAGGACCCCUUUGGGGAGGACGCUCAGGACCUCCGCGGCAAGCUGCUCCAGAUCCUGGAUGAGGGCACCACGUUCUUUGACGGUCUGCUGCAGAAGCUGCAAGCGACCUACCAGUUCAAGCUGGAGGACUACAUGGACGGGAUGGCCGUGCGCAGCAAGCCCCUGCGGAAGAUGGUGAAAUACGCUCUCAUCAGUGCGCAGCGGAGCCUGAUCUGCCAAGGAGACAUCUGCAGGUACCGGGAGCAGGGCAGCGAGACCGCAAACUACGGGAAAGCACGCAGCUGGUACCUGAAGGCCCAGCACAUCGCCCCCAAGAACGGACGCCCCUACAACCAGCUGGCGCUCCUGGCUGUCUACACGAGGCGGAAGCUGGACGCCGUCUACUACUACAUGCGCAGCCUGGCCGCCAGCAACCCCAUCCUCACCGCCAAGGAGAGCCUCAUGAGCCUCUUUGAAGAGACCAAGCGGAAGGCGGAGCAGAAGAAGAGCCCCAGCCAGCAGGGCAAGAAGGGCAAGAAGGCUGCCUCCCGGCCCGCCGGGGAGGACGCCACCCGCCUGGAGCUCUGGGUCCACCCCGCCCACCCCCGCCCCUCGCAGAGCCAGGGAUCCGGCCGGGACUCCGGGCAGGACAACGGGCUGGGCAGCCUCAGCCCCGGCGAGCUGAACAAAAGGUUCGUCCUGAGUUUUCUGCAUGCCCAUGGGAAGCUGUUUACCAGGAUUGGGAUGGAGACCUUCCCUGCGGUGGCCGCCGAGGUCCUGCGCGAGUUCCAGACGCUGCUGGCGCACAGCCCCCCGCCCAUCGCCAGCACCCGCAUGCUGCAGCUGAUGGCCGUCAACAUGUUUGCGGUGCACAACUCUCAGCCCAAAGAAGGCCUUUCCGAGGACUGCCGGCCGGUGAUCCAGGAACAAGCCACGGCUCUGGGCCUCGCCAUGUUCGCCCUGCUGGUCAAGCGCUGCACCGCCCUGUUGCGGGACAUCUCCCCAGCAGCAGCUGCUCAGGCCCAGGAUGGCGAUGAGGACGACGACGACGAGGACGAGGACGACGACAUCAAGGUCUCCUCCUUGCCGCAGGACUUGAAGGAGCUUCUCCCCAGCAUCAAGGUCUGGUCGGAUUGGAUGCUUGGCCACCCGGAGACCUGGAACCCCCCGCCCAGCACCCUGGAGCUGCCCAGACCGGUCUCGGUGGACGUGUGGGUCACGCUGGCCGACUUCUGCAACAUCCUGACGGCCGUGAACCAGUCGGAAGUGCCCCUCUACAAGGACCCGGACGAGGACCUGGCCCUCCUCAGCCUGGAAGAGGACCGCCUGCUCUCGGGUUUCGUCCCGCUGCUGGUCGCCCCCCAGGAGCCCUGCUACGUGGAGAAAUCCUCGGACAAGGUUAUUGCGGCCGACUGCAAGAGGGUCACGGUGCUGAAGUAUUUCCUGGAAGCCCUCUGUGGCCAAGAAGAGCCAUUGCUGGCAUUCAAGGGUGGAAAGUAUGUGUCAGUGGCCCCCCGCCCAGACGCCAUGGGAAAGGAAGCCGCCAGCCAAGAGGGAAAACAACUGGAAGAUCAGGACGAAGACGUCCGAAUCGAGGCCUUCGAAGACGACUCGGAGGCCGAAGGCAGCGGCGGAGAGCUGGAUAUCAAGGAGCUGCGGGCCAAGAAGCAGGCCCUGGCCAGGAAGGUGGCCGAACAGCAGCGCCGCCAGGACAAGAUCCAGGCGGUGCUGAAGGACCACCAGGCCCAGGUGCGGCAGAUGGAGCUGGAGAUCCGCCCGGCCUUCCUGGUGCUGGACACCAACGGCUUCAUCGACCACCUGGGCAGCCUCACCCAGCUGCUCGACUGCCGCCACUUCAUCCUCGUGGUCCCCCUGAUUGUCAUCAACGAGUUGGACGGACUGGCCAAGGGCCCCGAGUCGGAGCACCGAGUCGGGGGCUACGCCCGGCUGCUUCAGGAGCGGGCCCGCAAAGCCGUCGAGUUCCUGGAGGCGCGCUUUGAGCGGCGGGACGGCUACCUGCGGGCGCUCACCAGCCGGGGCAACGAGCUGGAGUCCAUCUCCUUCCGCAGCGAGGACAACUCCCGGCAGCAGGGCAACAAUGACGACUUGAUCCUCUCUUGCUGCCUGCACUACUGCAACGACAAAGCCAAGGACUUCAUGCCCGCCAACAAAGACGACCCCAUCCGGCUGCUGAGGGAGGUGGUGCUGCUGACGGACGACCGGAACCUGCGCGUCAAGGCCCUGACCCGCAACGUCCCCGUGCGGGACAUCCCCACGUUCCUGAAGUGGGCGCAGGAGGGCUGAGGAGGCGGAGGCCGCCCUUGGAAGCUGUCCAGCUCUUUGCCCCCCGGAGGGUGGCCUGGAGGCAGCCCGCCUAGGACCAGGCCACCUCGGCCGUGGCCCCCGUGCCGGGACCCACCCACGAACAAUAAACGCAGCGUCUCCAACCCCACUCGGAAUGGCCGUGCUGUGGGGUGUGUGCAGGCGAGAGCGCGAGAGCCAGGCACGCUGGGAAGGUUUUUUGGCUGCAGAGGUAGAAGGCGCACAGGGUCCCCUCGGUCUCUGGACGGGGGGGGGAAGAGGCCCACCCGAGAGGCUGGGCGUGGUCCCCGGCUUGGUCUCGCCUCCGAGGCAGGCCAAGGUGGGCCGAUGGCUAGCUUUAGUUUGGGAGUUGCGAACUGUUUCUAAAUGCCCCCACACACACACACAUAUAUCAUCUCAGCUCCCUCCUGCUUUUGCCGGGGCCUCCAGAGUCUCUGUGCCCAACGCGCUUGGCCUAACCUGACAUCUCUGCCCCUCCGGGCACCGCUGGGCCUUUUGCUUCUGCCCCCAGCCCACCCCCACUUUGCAGUCCUGACAAUGGUCUCUGCCCACAAGGUUCCCUCACACGCCUCCCGCCGCCCUUGCCUCCUCCUGGGGCCCUUCUGCUUCCCCUCUUGUGCUCUCACUCCCUGAUCGCCUCCAAGCCAAAGAAAAGAAAAGCCCUCACGGUGGUGAGGUGAGACCCGAGGCCGCUGGGGCGGCUCUGGGAAGAAUACGGGGCUGUCGAUCUUGCAGUGGGGGGCAGGCGAGCAUGCCCCCUUGCAAAGGAGACCUGAGAGCAGGGGGCGUCUUGGGAAUGGGGCUGGCACGUGGCU